GUCUCUGUUUCCCUUAUCGUAAUCUAAUACCGAUCAGUCCUAUUUGGUGAUGAUAAAAAUACAAGUAUGAUGAAAGUUGCCAGGUUGUUGAUUACAACACAGCUGUUCCACAGUCUUACAGAUGAAAAUACAGAAACUUAUAGGGUGCGAAAGGGGCGAGUAAAUAAAUUACGAGAUCGGAGAGAAUUGAGGGAGGCGGGACAGGUGGGCCUACGGUACGCAUUGUUCGACUUUUUAUUCUUAUUCCUUUUCAUCUAUCAACAACAAAAUAUCUGGAGGGGUGGUUUCCGAGUUCUGUCGGUUGGCAAUCGUGAAAACUGGCGAUAGCGUCGGCGUCGGGGGUAGCAAUAAGGUAUGGGGGUGGAUUGGCUCCGUCCAUCCAUCGAUCGGUCUACGGCUGGCGCUACCACGGCUACAAACUGAAACGCUACACCGCGAGUGUCCGGAGGAGCGGACGUCGCGACGCUCCUCUCCGACGCCUCCUCCUCGAGCUUCGUAGAGCUUGAAGUUAUGAAGCGAUGAACUUUGGGGGGUGAUAAUACGUUGAGAGACGUGCUUUUGAACCGAAAAAGAACACCAUGUGAGUUGACGGUGGGUUACAACAUACCGGAAACAAAAAAAAUCAGAACGACCGGAGCAUGGUAUAAGGGACAAUCGAUUCUCCCUUCAUGGAACGGAGUCAACGCAACUGGGAGCAAGCCAGUGGUAUUAUAGAAAAUGGCAUCAGGAUUCCCGAGUAUCCAUCAACGGAAGCUUGGACCUGCUCCGAUCGCUUCUUUCGAAGAUCUGUCAGAUGAGUUAGAAAACGGAGACGCAGCAACGAGAAUGCCAGGAAUUGUUGAAGUCACAACCCCGGUGACACCGGGGAGUUCUCUGAAAACGCCGAGCACCCCAAGAAUUGAUAUCAGCAGAGCGAGCAGCUCAUCGCAUCACGAAGACAGUAACAAUUCGAGGGAAUCAUCGCCAGAAAGGGAACUUCUUGCCGGCGCUGAGCCACCCCCGGGGAGCAAAUUAACUUUGGGAUACAAAGAGGACGUCACUGACUUGAGAUCAUCGACGGAGGAACUGGAUCUCCAGGAUCCGAUCCAUGAACAGGACCUGAAAAGUCACUCGAAAAAACUAGCUCGUAAACGACUCAAGGAGGAUGGCACUCAAUCGGAUUAUGGCGGCCUCAAAAAUCUGGAUCGGGAAAGGAAAGACAGCAACUGUUCGGAAAUUAUAUUGCUAAACAUCAGUGGAAGGACUUCGAGACUGUCUUCCGUUGGAAGUCAAGGCUCCGGAGUAUCUGGAAAACUAUCUGUUAUGUCAGGCACUUCCUCAAGGUCACCCAGCCCGCACAAAUGUCUUUUGGAAACGUCGUUUUGCGGAAGCAAGCCGACGUUAGCCGAUAACUUGAUAGAACCGUCAAAGCCGGAGACUGAUGACCUGGAAAGAGUGCUAUUGCAGAGGGAGGCCGAUACUACAAAAGCUCUCAUUCCAGACAGCAUAAAAGUACCGGUUGUGGCGGGCAAUCUCAGACCAGAUCCUCUCGAUAAACCGAGACGAAGAGGGCGCGAGGAUCGGAAGGAGAUAUUCAAAAGAGAAGUUGAAAUCACCAAGCGCGUACUGGAGAGAGUCAACAUCGACGUACCUGUGGUUAAAAAAACUGAUGAUCAAGUUUUUAAAUCUCCACCAGAAGUGCAAAAACCAGCGUCCCUCGAUUUAUCGGACAAGCGGAAGAAGCCUCAGAACUUUAAGGAGAUUGUUCAAACAACACCAACGUCCAGCGGGAUCCAAGGGAGUCCAAAAUUACCGAGACAUCAGAAAGUUCGGGAGUUGGAGGGAUCUAGAACGCCGAGUCCUUCCUCAGUUUCUCGGAAAAGUAGUUUCACAUCUCUAUUCAAGGCGAGGACAGACGGAAGUGUACUGAGUCCCGAAUCCCCAACUCCGGGAGGGAAGUCCCGUCGAAGUUUAACGUCAAAGAUUCGUGACACAACGGAGAGUAUUCGAAGCAGAUCAAAGUCCCGAGAGAGGGUAUCCAUCGACAAAGGUUCUACGCUGAAAAAGGACCCGAAGAACAAGGGUGUUUUCUCGUCGACUUUGAGUCUGUUCAAGAAGAGGGAACGGAAAAAAAGUUGUGGCGAUCCAACGACGCCUAUGGACGGUGACAAUCCGUCGCUGGAUAGCAUCGGAAAUGUGGAAUUCACCUUCAAUUCCGAAAAAAGUAAUCGAUCGCAGAAAGACGACUCGAUAUUUAUAAGCCUUCAUGCCGACGACAGAAACUAUGAAGUCGCUUUACCUUCCGAAAGCGUUUCCAUCCCCCUCGAAACUCCAACAAAACUCUUCGACGAGUACGAGUCAGAACCUCGUUCCGGACAUAUAGUCACCGAGGCUUCUAUCGAGCACUACGAGUCAAGCCAGCCGAAGACGGAGACGAGCGUUGAGGCGUCGGUGCACAGGUCUGCCUCGAGGGACAGUCAAAUAACUCAGAGUUUAUCCAGGGAUUCACAGAUUUCGAAAAGCUCCUCCAAAGACUCUAGAAUUAGUGUGCAAACGACCAAGUCCGUUCUUAAGGAUACGAAGAUCGAGUCUGUUGCAUCCAAGUUCGGAUCUAACGAUUCGCAGUUGUCAAACGGUGCGUUGAAGGAGACAUCGAUGAAAAAACCGGAAAUAGUUAAGCCUAAACGGAAAAGCAAAGAAGUGCAAAAGAUCGAGCCCCCGGAAAGGAUAGACGACACUUCGCCAAAGACUGAAAUUAACGGCAACGAACCACCUCGGCCACAGUUUGCCCAGAACUCCGCGGAGUCGGACUUUCUGGAUGAUGGAUUGAAGGUUGCGGAUGGCCUAGUUAAGACUUCGAGCGUUGUUUCCGACUUGGAUCACAAUAGCUCCGAGUCUGAGAGAGAUUCGGAGAUAGAAUUCAUUCGCAACAAGGCCGAAAAAGCGGUCGAGGAAUUGCCCGACGAAAGGAAGGGUCUUUGUUACGAAGAAAGUUUUGAGGAGGAUCUACCCUACAUACCUACAACCUUACCUUUGGAAAAAAGCGUCGCGGUGCCAAUGUUACCGGUGAAACAGAGACUUCAGGAAGUAAGAACGAUUCCGAUCGAACGACCUCGGUCAACGACGCCGAUAAAUCCAAAACUAUUAGACGAGUUCGUAAUGCAAACAUCCCUGGAUGAGCGAAGGGUGGAAAAGAUGAAAAUUUCAUUGCCGAGAGAAGACAGUUUCAAGAUAAAGAGUCCCAGAAAGCAAAUGACGAAUACAUUCACAGAAUUUGCCGGUCGAGUGCCAAGAAAUGCCGGAAAAUCUCCGAGUCCACCGCCUCUUCCACCCCGAGCACCCGCCUCAAGACCCACGAAUUGGAUAAACUUCGAAGAAAUUCCAGAGAAACGGAAGGCCCCAAAGAGAAUCCAAACUAUCCCGAGGCCGGAUGAUGAAACCAAAGGUGGAUACAGUUACGUCCAACCCGAAGAAUGCAGGUGCGAAUGUCACGAGGAAUCUCGAAGGGCUUCCCUGAAGGAAUCUACUACAUGUACGAGUAACGGAGAACGUCCUUGCAACGGGGAAAAUUGCACAGCACCUGUAGCGACUUCUGGUGACCGGGCCAGUAUAGUCAGUGAUAGUUCACUCGAGUACAGUCUGAGCAUAGAGGAACCAGGAAUGCAGGUGCCUUUGGGUUCCACGCAGCCCUUUGGAUUGGAUUUAGACGUUCGUUCUAAUCGGUCGAGCAUCGUAUCGCAGGAUGAAAGUGAAGAAGCGCACCACUAAUGUAAAAGUAUCACGUGCGUCCCCAAAUUUUCUCUCGAUCUGAAUUCAGGUCCGAAUUCAGAAUUAUCGCCGAUCAAGAUCUCCGGCAACAGAGCAAUAUAGUACUCAACCAUGAUAGAUUCGAUCCGGCAUAAUUUCGUUACCCAACCGUAUCCUCCCCCAGGUUAAAAGCUCGUGAAAUUAAAGGAAAACAAAUGGUAAAUAUCGAGUUGAUUAUAAUCGACGCGUUAUUACGUUGGUCGGGUAUAGUAGGCAUUACGUGAAAACCGAAAACUAUGCCACCAGCUAUCAAACGUGUCGAACAAAUUACGAGAAAAAACAAGAUAAUGACGAGUAGAAAUAAAAGAAAGAAAAAAAUUUAUCGGGAUACAAUCGUAGUAAUAUAAUUUUAUGGAAGACUUGUUUAAUUGAUGCAUUUUUUUCAAUAUAAUUUUGACGACUAACAACAGAGCCAUUAUAAAUACAUUCAAUUGGCUCUGUCUGUUAUACUAAACUUAGGGAGGUUCUAUGUGCUAUGAAUUUUUUCUAAUGAAAAAAAAAAAGUAAUAGAAUAAAAUGAAAUAAAAUAGAAUGAUAACAAUAACAAAAAACUAAAGUAAUAAUAUAAUAUUUUUAUCCCCUGUUUUCUACUUCUCGUUUUAUAUUUUCUAAUUACUCUAGUGUAUUUUGUACAUCCUACUGAGCUAUGUCUUCAUUUUAAUAAUUGUGGGAUUUCCGAUCGCGUUUAUAAUAAUCUUAAGAUAGGACCAAUUCCGCGGACACCAUGUUUUCAAGAUCAACACGCUUAACGCCUUAAUAAAUAACGCGUGACGCGACACUACUUAAUAGUAAUAAUGGAUAAGUUAACAUGAAAAGAAAAAAAAUGUCAUCACUUACAAUCGGCUCCGAUAAAAUAUUCUCGGAAAAACACAAAACAAAAAAAAAACCCAGUCACAAAGACAAAAAAGAUGACCCUCGCGUAUCAACACUCAUUCUGAUAUUAAUUGCAUAACAUUAAUCGUACACAGUUAAUCAUUCCACACCGCUUCGUAUAAAAUACGGAAACGGACUAGAAAAAAUCCACACUGUUAUAAUUAAUUAUGCAUACCACUAGUAACAUCAAGAAAAAAAUCAAAUGAGCUCACUUAUCCAUUAAAACAUUUCCGUUACACGGGAUACGCAUGAUACACGUAUACUAACGUACACAUUUGUAAAUUACGAUGAUAUUUUCUCCGCUCAUAUCAUUCAUUUUUUUGUCUCUUCUUUCAUAGGCAUUCUUCUAGACGUAUUUUCUAUACGAAAACUGUACUGUGUUCAAAUUAAAGAAAAAAAGGAAGAUGAAAGAGAAAAGAAAAAAAUAAACAGUAAAAUUGUCGGAAAUAUUUCAACGUAUCUAUUUGAAAUAAAAAAUUUAUGAUAUG